AUGAUGUCUCCAGACGAGCGAGCCCUGGAGGGCCUGCUGUACGGCAGCGAGCUCAGCGAGGAGGUGGAGGUGGUGGCAGAGCUGGGGGGAGGCCCGGCACCGGCCGAGGAGUGUGUUGCUGCGGAAAACGUGAUCACGGAAGCUUCUUCUUUUCAUGGAGAGGACUCCAGACAAGCUUCGACGAUGGUGUCCACGCAGGAACCGAUGAUGUGUGCCGGAUGUGGCGAGCAGGUGUUCGACCGUUUUUUCCUGCUGGCCGCGGGGAGGGUUUGGCACAGCGUCUGCCUCCGCUGCAGUCAGUGUCACUGCGAGCUGCAGACGCAGCCCUCCCUGUACUGGAAGGACGGGAACAUCUACUGCCAGCAGGACUACUGCAGGAUGUUUGGAGGUGGUCAGUGUGCUCGCUGCUUCCAGCCAAUCCCGCCUUCUGCUUUGGUCAUGCGGUCUGGAGAGCUCACCUUCCACCCCCACUGCUUCUCCUGCCAGGAAUGUGAUGUGAAAUUAAUGCCAGGGAACUUGUACUGCAUGCACGGACCAAACCUUUACUGUCAGUUGCACUAUCAUGAUGACGGGGGAAACCUCCACUAAAUGAUGUUUUAUUUGCUAGAGUUGGGUCAGACCCAGGUUUCAGGUGAAGGGGAGGAGUCCGUCAGCAGUCCAGAGCCGCGGCUGGACGACAGGAUGGCGGGUGGGCAGACCCGCCGGCGGACCAAGCGAAUCCGAACGUGCUUCCGCAGGGAGCAGCUAAGAGCUCUGGAGUCCUAUUUUGCACAGAAACACAACCCCGACGGCAAAGACUGGACCUGUCUCGCACACAAGACCGGCCUCCCCAAGAGGGUCCUGCAGGUGUGGUUUCAGAACGCUCGGGCCAAACUCAGGCGAUCGCUCAACUCCGAUGACACCCAGGUCAGUUCUCCCUCCUCCACGCUGGCCUCGGCGAGCAGCUCCUCGCCGCCGGCUUGCUCGGCGUCCGACCAAUCGCAGCCGUUCCUCACCAGCACCAUCGACCAGCUGCAGCUGUCCCUGCUCACGGCUCCGAUCAGCCAACGUCCUGGGAGCCCGGGGAUCAACCAACCAUCGCAUCAACAUCUUCAAAGUCCCGCUUUCUUCCUGGACUUUGAUUCCCAGAAUGCAUCUGGGUGCAUGUCCUCUCUGGAGACCCACGAGGACUUCAGGGAGCCAGAGAAGGAAGACGAUCAGAACAAUUUUAGAUCUCAAUAUUGCUAG